UACAUAUCUAAAAUAAAAAGGUAGUUCAGUUUCAAAUCUUCAAAGCUUCGCUCUUUAAAUCUUCUAUAAAAUCUGUAAUGAUGAUGAGAUAACGGAGAAUCCAUGGUUGUUUCAAAUUUUUGGUUUCAAAUUUCUUUUAAAACAUAUUCGAAGGAAAAUGAAAACCUUGCAGCAAACUCUGUAAAUUUGACCAUAAAAAAGAAAACUGUAAAGCGGACAAGACAGACAAUAAUGUCUAUAAUAGGCGUUGUAAGACGCAAUCAAUGCUUCUAUGAUUUAGCUCAAUCUAAAGCUGAAUUAGUGCUAAUAAAGGAGGAUUUACGGGCAAAAUUUGAAAUAGGAAUACAAAUUUUAAAUACACAACUAGGAAAAAAACAACUUGAAAUUAAACUUCUAAGAAAACAAAUACAAUUAUUUGAUAAGUAA